GAGAGAGAAAGGAGAGUGCAGGAAGAGGAGAACAGUUUCUCAUCUUGGUCAUCCAGUGGGCUUCCUAUCCAACCCCACCACUCCACACCAUGGACAGCUCCUACUAACAGGAGUUCCUUCUCUUAAGCCUUCUAUUCUAGUCUUGGCUGAUAUUCGGUUUCUUAUUCGCUUCCAAAGGAUCGCUGCUACUGCCAUAUUCUUUUCCCAGCAUCAGGUUCUACACCUCUCGAUUGAGAGAUGUCUGUAUUAGAAGAUUCAGUGGGGGUGGGGGAUAUGAUCCUUCUAGAACCUCUGAAUGAAGAGUCUUUGAUCAAGAACCUUGACGAGCGAUUUCGACACAAAGAAAUUUAUACCUACAUUGGGAAUGUGGUGAUCUCCGUGAAUCCCUAUCAACAGCUGCCCAUCUUUGGCCCUGAGUUCAUUGAUAAGUACAAGGAAUACAACUUCUAUGAGCUGAAGCCCCACAUUUAUGCAUUGGCGAAUGAAGCAUAUCAGUCACUGAGAGAUCAUGACCGAGACCAGUGCAUCCUUAUCACGGGAGAAAGCGGAUCUGGGAAAACCGAAGCCAGUAAAUUGGUGAUGUCCUAUGUGGCAGCUGUAUGUGAGAAAGAAGAACAGGUGAAUUCAGUGAAGGAUCAGCUAUUGCAAUCGAACCCUGUGCUGGAAGCUUUUGGAAAUGCCAAGACAACCCGAAACAACAACUCCUCCAGAUUUGGCAAAUACAUGGACAUUGAAUUUGACUUUAAGGGCUCCCCCCUUGGUGGGGUCAUCACAAAUUAUUUAUUGGAAAAAUCCCGGGUAGUGAAGCAUAUCAAAGGAGAAAGGAACUUCCAUAUCUUCUACCAGCUUCUGGCUGGAGCAGAUGCCCAGUUACUAAAGGCAUUGAGGCUGGAACAGGAUGGAAGUUGCUACGCAUAUUUGAACCAUGAGGCUUCCAGAGUAGAUGGGAUGGAUGAUGCAGCCAACUUCAGAGUGGUGCAGAAUGCCAUGGACAUCAUUGGAUUCUCCACUGAGGAGGUCCAGCAGAUUUUUGAGGUGGUGGCCAUGGUGCUGAAGUUGGGAAACGUGGAGCUGAGGGAUGACUUCCAGGCCAGUGGGGUAGCAGGCAGCAGUAUUCGUGAUGAAAAAGUUGUCAAGGAGAUCUCAGACCUCAUGAAACUGCAGCCAGAAGUGCUGGAGAGAGCCUUGUGCUCUCGGACCAUGGAAACGAAGAAAGAAAAAGUGGUCACUACAUUGAACAAAAUUCAGGCAUGCUAUGCUAGAGAUGCCCUGGCCAAAAACAUCUAUAGCCGUCUCUUCAGUUGGAUAGUGAACCGGAUCAAUGAAAACAUCAAGGUGAGCGAUUCAAUUAAAAAGAAGGUUAUGGGUGUGCUGGAUAUCUAUGGCUUUGAGAUAUUGGAGAAUAACAGCUUUGAACAGUUCGUGAUUAAUUAUUGUAAUGAGAAACUACAGCAGGUGUUCAUAGAAAUGACACUGAAAGAGGAGCAGGAAGAAUACAUGAAGGAGGGUAUACCUUGGGAUAAGAUUGAAUAUUUUGAUAACAGCAUCAUCUGCAAACUCAUUGAGCAUAAUCAGCAGGGUAUCCUGGCCAUGUUGGAUGAGGAAUGCCUUCGGCCUGGUAUGGUCAGUGAUUCUACCUUCCUAGCAAAGCUGAAUCAAAUGUUCUCCAAACAUCAAUACUAUGAGAGCCGGGUCACCCAGAAUGCCCAACGCCAGCAUGACCCCAGCCUGGGCCUUAACUGCUUCCGUAUCCAACAUUAUGCUGGCAAGGUGAUGUACAAUGUGGAUGGUUUUUUGGACAAGAACAAUGACCUACUAUUCCGAGACUUGUCACAGGCUCUGUGGAAGUCCAAGCACCACCUGCUUCAGAUGCUGUUCCCUGAAGGGAACCCCAAACAAGUCUCCCUUAAGCGACCCCCCACAGCUGGGACCCAGUUCAAGAACUCUAUAGCCACACUCAUGAAGAACCUGUAUUCCAAGAAUCCUAACUAUAUUAGGUGCAUCAAACCAAAUGAGCAUCAGCAACGAGGUCUGUUCUCAACUGAACUAGUGGGCACCCAGGUGCGGUACCUGGGACUACUCGAGAAUAUUCGGGUGCGAAGGGCUGGCUAUGCUUACCGACAGGUUUACAGUGCCUUCCUGGACAGAUACCGGAUGCUGAGCCGGUCUACAUGGCCCCAUUGGCAUGGCCAAGCUCGGGAGGGAGUCGAAAAGCUUCUGGAAGAACUAAGCUUGGGCUCUGGGGAGCUGGCCUUUGGUCGGACCAAAAUCUUCAUCCGGAGCCCCAAGACGCUUUUCUAUCUGGAGGAGAAAAGGAGGAUGCGAAUACAUCAGCUAGCUGUUCUCAUCCAGAAGAUGUACCGGGGCUGGCGGUGCCGUACCUAUUACCAGCUCAUGCGCAAAAGUCAGAUCCUCAUUUCUGCCUGGUUUCGGGGGAACAUGCAAAAGAAACGCUAUGGGAAGAUAAAAACAUCAACAUUACUGAUCCAGGCUUUUGUGAGAGGAUGGAAGGCCCGAAAGGAAUAUCGGAAAUAUUUCCGGUCAGGGGCAGCCUUGCAGUUGUCAAACUUCAUCUAUAGGAGAAUGGUGCAGAAAUUCCUGUUGGGCCUGAGGAAUAACCUGCCCGCUAAGGUCACUGACCACAGGUGGCCACCUCCUCCUUACAAAGUCUUUACCCUGGUGAAUCAGGAGCUGAAGACCAUUUUCUACCAUUGGAAGAGUAAACAGUUUCUGGAUCAGCUUUCUCCACAGAAGAAAGAGGCUCUGAAGGAGAAACUCUGUGCCAGUGAGUUGUUUAAAGGCAAAAAGGCUUCAUAUCCCCAAAGUGUCCCUGUGCCGUUCCGAGGUGACUAUGUGAUGCUUCGUGAGAAACCCAAGCUGCAGCAGCUACAGACAGCUUCUGAUGGUCCUGUGCUGAUGGCUGAGACUGUGAAUAAAGUCAACAGAGCCAAUGGCAAGAUGGCCCCAAGAAUUCUCCUCUUGACCAAGAGUCAUGUAAUCCUUGCUGAUGCCAAAGGCUCCAAAAUCAAGACUGUCGUUGGGUUGGAGAAAGUAGCCGAAGUGUCGGUCAGCAGCCUUCAGAAUGGACUCGUUGGCUUGCAUUUCACUGAGAUCUCUUCAGUGGGCUCCAAGGGAGACUUUCUACUGGUCAGUGAGCAUGUGAUUGAGUUGUUGACCAAGCUAUACCGGGCCACACUGGAUAAAAUGAAGAGGCAACUGCCAAUUACUGUGACUGAAGAGUUCACAGUGAAGUUCAAAGAAGACAACAUGAAAGUGAAAGUCAUUCAGAGCCCAAAGAGUGAAAACAGAAACAACAUAAGCUGCAAGAAGAAAGGAAGAAACCACUUGGAGGUAUAUGCACAGUGAGGAAGAUGGAGAGCCAUUGUCCCCUGUCCUGGAAUAGCACCAGAUUUUGAGUCCCCCCUACUCUUGGAGAAGAGGAAGGGAGAGGGAGAAGGCUCUUAUCGCUUAAUAAAACAUGUCAGCAAUGGAA